CAUGCGCCGCAGCAAAGGGGCGGGGGCGCCGCGAGGCCACGCCCGGCGCGGUGACGUCACCCCGGGGCGGAAGCGGCCGCAGGCCCGCUGUCGGGGGGCUCAUGGCGGAGCGGGGGGGCCCGGUGCUGGAGCCCGGCUGGCUCCUCUCCCCCGCCGGCCGCCCUUACCGGGACUCCAUCCUCCACAAGAACCGGCGGAGAGUGUUCGGUCUGCUGGAGCGCCCGGUGCUGCCCCCCCCCUUGGCCGCCCCCACUGUCACCUACAAACUCUUCGUCUCCGGCAAGAGCGGCGUGGGCAAGACGGCCUUGGUGGCCGUGCUGGCGGGGACCCCCGUGCCCCCCACCCACCAUGAGACCCUGGGCAUUGAGGCCACCACGGUGCACUGGCCCGCCAAGCCACGCGCCAGCGGCCGCCCCGUCAUCUUCCAGCUGCAUUUUUGGGAUUGCGGAGACGGAGCGCUGAGAAAAUUCGAGCAUCUGCUGCCGGCUUGUAAGGAGGAGGCGGACGCCAUCCUCUUCCUCUUCUCCUUCACCGACCGCUCGUCCUUCGAGGAGCUGCCAGCCCUCAUGAGCCGGGUCAUCGGCCCUGACGAAGAAAACCUCGUUAAGGUGGUCGUCGGCACCAAAUUCGACCUGUCCCCGCAGGCAGAUGUGACAGAGGGGGAUGUGGUGGCCUUCGAGGGGACCUGGGGGCUGCCGGUGCUGCGGGCGGGCAGCGGGCCGGGGCUCGGGGGGGCGGGUGGGGGGCUGGCCCGGGUCGCCCCCCUCCUCGACGCCCUGGUUGAGAGGCUCUGGCGGCGGGACCAGAUCGCUGCUGGUGUCGCCCUGGAGGAUGAGGGGACCCCCCCGGCCUGAACCCCCGGGGGGUGGGGGGUGGGGAAGGUGCUUUUUGACCCAAAUCCAUCUUUUUCCCCCAAGAGAUGCCUGAGUGCCCUGA